AUAAGUGAGAAAGCCGACGAGCUCUGCCACUCUGGAGUACCGGUGCUUUCUGGAGACCCUAGAUCUGUGUGUUCGCACUGACUUUCCGGCUGUUCGUCCGUUCUUAAGUUGCGGAAUAGGAGUAAAUUCGCAUUACAUUUUUCUUGUUUUAGCUUAACGUGGACAUUUCGUCAUAUGGAAAAGUUGCAAGGAUGUGGGAAUACUGAUUGCUUAUCUUGAGACCACAGGUUCUGCUGACGCGUGAAUUGAGAUGCUGACGGAAUGGAGCUGAGCAGACACCAAGUGCCUUUAUAUGGGCAGCAGAAGGCCAGUGCGGUACUGCAGAACCCAGAGCCUGCUCCUGAGGAGGCCAGAUUCUACAUGCUUCUGGAAGGGUCCACACUGGAGCACAUCUCUGUGGCUGAGAGUGAUGAUGAUGCUCGUACCCUGCGCUUCACUGUGCCCAGCCAUAACCUCGCGGAGGUGGUCUCUGUCACAGCUUACCUCUAUGUUGCGGGAAGGCCCAUCUCCUGUCUGGAGAGAUCCUCUCUUGAGUAUGUCCUGGACGAUGCUCAAGAGCUGGCCCAGCACUUCAUCUCCCAUGCUCAGUGCCUGACAGCCAGCAGCUAUGAGGACCUCUUCCGCAGGUUUGGAUUGGAGGACGAAGCCACCUGCAGGAGGCUGGAUGAAAAUGUCACAAAGGCCAUGGUGAACCUGGGCUAUCCGACUGCAUGGGAUGUCCUUGGAAGCCAAUCUGGAGAAGCCCAGCCCAGAGAGACUCUUCUCCACCUGGCUGUGCGUCUGGGCCUGUUGAGCCUCACACAGCUCCUGCUGCGUCACCCCGAGGCUGUGCUGGCCCUGACCCUGCCCAAUGAGGAGGGGAAGACGCCCCUGCAGCUGGCCAGAGAGGCCAGCUCUCAGGCCCUGCUGGAGCUACUGACACACCCCCCUGCCCCGCUGGCCGUCCCUCAGGCCAGCCUGGCCCCGGUUUGGGCCGACAGCUCCCACACGUCAUGGUUCUGCCAGGACUCAGAGACCCUUACAGUCCAGCGGGGCUCUGACCAGAACCUGGAGGCCAAAAUUCUGCACUUAAGGAAGCACUUAAGGGAUGAUAACCUACUGAGGAAAAAGAAAUCAGAUGAAAUAAGUGGAUUGCAUGAUGAACAGGAAAAGGAAGUAUCUGGAGAAGAAACAAACAAAGAUUCCCCCCUGGACUGUGGAGUGGAGCAUGCACUGGCAGAGAGUGCUUUUGAAGAACAGCUUGUGCCUUCCCUAAAAGAAGAUGAGGAAGCUACAUCAUUUUACUCUAAGAAAAGCCAGUCUGCGUCCAGCAGCAGACACCCAGGCCGGUCCACGUGGUCUGCUGCAGGGAGACUCUCUGCCAUGAUCAGCGGGAGGGACCACGUCUACGCCAACAGCAUGCUGGUGGACCAGGUAAAUGACCUGGAUAUAAAGUACAGCAUCGCGGGGGUGACUGCAGACGGCACGCUGACGGACAGUGAGGGGUGGGACCGUGUCAGGGAGAGAUCCUCUGAGCCGACACCCGAAGCCCAGGAGGUCCGAUCCGGGUCUCACCUCUCUCCUCUCCAGGCAGAGAAAUCCCCCCCUCCCUUCUCCUCCCAUUUGCCGUCCCCCUUCCCCGCUGAGCUGGCCCUGGAGCGAGCAAACCGCCCACCACGAACCCGGACCUCUAGCGGGGCCACAAAUCCACUACAGGAGACCUGCGUACUGAGCCCCAGCUUGGUCGCACUGGAGGUGGACAGUGAAGAGGAAGAUCUCUUGGACAAGUCGCCCUGUUCCCAGCCCUCCACGUCCCCCCGUUCGGGCUGCGUCCUGCAGGCCAGCAGUGGAGAUGAGAGGGACUCCUUCGACACCUCCCCUGACCUCAGCUGCAGCCGCACACACUCCUCCUCCUCAUACAGCCACCCCCCCUCAACGGAUUCGGGGGAUUUGGGGGUCCGUCUGCGCUCCUACUCUUACUCCUCCCCAAAGAUCAGCCUGGUGCGCCCCCGCUUCACCCGUGAUGCGACCAUCUCUGACCUCAACGAAGAUGGCGUGUACAGCAGCAGUGGUCGUUCCCUCCUUCAGGCUCUGUCUCUGUCUAAAUCACUGUCUCUGCUCAAUCCAGUUAAGCAGCGUGCUUUCAGCUUACCAGAAGCUCCUCAAGAGAAAAGGGAGAUAAGUUUCCGCAAAAGGGCACAGUCAGCUGAGGACGAGGGCAGCGUGGCAUUGGCAGACUCCCUCCAUCACCUCACCCUCUCCGAGUUCCUCAAAGAAAUGGAAGAAGAGGAGUGGGAUAGGUACAUUAUCCCAUCAAAGGCAGAAUCAGAGAAGUGCAAAGUGAGUCGCACUUUCAGCUUCCUGAAGAGCAGGAUGUCAAGCACUCGUAACAAGAACAAGGGCAAGGGGAAGGACAAGGAAGGGAAGGAGAAGCCAGUGAACGCGCACCAUUUUGCGGCCGGGUCUGGCUCUAGCCCCACACUGUGCUUAGUGUGUGACAAGCCAGCGAUGGCAAAGGACCUUCUGCAGUGCUCCCACUGCACCAUGAAUGUCCAUAAAGGCUGUCGAGACUGCGCAACGCCAUGCUUGAAGAAACUUCAGGACAAGUAUGCAGUGGUGACAAAGAACAGAGCCGCUUCCCUCCCACAAAGUAGCCCUGCGUGGGACUGUCCCACACCCUGCUCUAUCCCCACAUCUGCCUCUCUUCCUGUCAUGACGUCCCGGGAACGGAGGGAUCAGGUGUGCCUCCCAAACCCCCUGUCCAAGAGCGUGCCUGCAGUGUCUGAGCGGAGGAUGAGCGAGAGUCUGGAGGGAGACGCUGAGGCCAGCGUGUGGAGGAACCGCUCCCAGUCUGAGGAGCUGCUGCAGGUCACAGAGUCCUCCCCAUCCACCGACUCCUCCAUCAAUGGAGACACAGUGGACGGCCCUCUGCGCAGCGACCUGAACGCUGAUCUGCUGGACUACGAGGCCGAGUCCUGGAGCCUGGUUGUGGACCACGAGUUCUGCAGGAAGCAGGAGAAGAGCGUCAUCAAGAGGCAGGAUGUGAUCUAUGAGCUGAUGCAGACGGAGAUGCACCACAUCCAGACCCUGACCAUCAUGGCAGAGAUCUUCCGCAAGGGCAUGAAGGAGGAGCUGCAGCUGGACCACGAGGCGGUGGAGAAGAUGUUUCCCUGCCUGGACGAGCUCUUCCACUUCCACAAGAGCUUCUUCAGCGCCAUGAAGGAACGGCGGCAGAGCUGCACCCAGGAGGGCAGCGACAACAACUUCCUCAUCAAUAGGAUCGGGGACAUCCUCGUGCACCAAUUUUCUUGUGACAAUGCAGAAAGAAUGAAGCAGGUGUACGGGGACUUCUGCAGUCACCACAUAGAGGCCGUGAACUUCUUCAAAGAACUCCAGCAGCAAAACAAGAAGUUCCAAGUGUUCAUCAAACAACAAAGUAAUAACUUACUGGUCCGGAGGAGGGAGAUCCCAGAGUGCAUCUUGCUGGUGACACAGCGCAUCACUAAGUAUCCAGUACUGGUGGAGAGGAUUCUUCAACAUUCACAGGAGGGCACAGAGGAGCAUGCAGACCUCUCGCGAGCGCUGGUUCUGAUCCGAGACGGCAUCGCCGCUGUGGACCUGAGGGUCAGUGAGUACGAGAAGGAGCAGAAGCUGCUGGACGUGGUCAACCGCAUGGAGAACAAGACCUUCGCCAAGCUGAAGAGCGGCCUCACCUUCCGCAAACAGGACCUGCUGAGCCAGGCCAGGACCCUCAAGCACGAGGGCCUGCUGUACUGGAAGACCGCCACCGGGAGACUCAAGGAUAUCCUGGCACUCCUUCUCACAGACACCCUGAUAUUCCUGCAAGAAAAGGACCAGAAAUAUAUAUUUGCUGCUGUGGACCAGAAGCCCCCAGUGAUCUCCCUCCAGAAGCUGAUAGUCAGGGAGGUGGCCAAUGAGGAGCGAGGGCUGUUCCUGAUCAGUGCGUCUGCCGCCGGCCCGGAGAUGUACGAGGUGCACACCGCCUCCAAGGAGGAGCGCAACAGCUGGAUGAGGCUGAUCCGGGAGGCCGUGGAGAGCUGUCCUGAGGAAGAGGAGCAGAAUGCCAAUGAGUCUGAGGAAGAGCGGCGAGCAGCUGAAGCCAGGGCUCAGAAGAUCCACAGAGUUCAGGAGACGCUGCACGUGCAGGACCAGCAGAUCUGCACGCGGUUAGAAGAGAAGCUGAAGAUCUACACAGAGCUGGCGGGGCUGAGCGUGAAGGAGGAGCCUCUGGCACAGCCCCGCCUCCUGGUCAAGCCCAACCCGGACCAGGCUCCUCAGGCCAUGGCCAUACUCACCGCUGCUCUCCGAGAGGCGGAGAACCUCACCGCCGCACUGAGUUCGCAGUCCUGUCCGUCAUCCUGCGUUUCCCUGGAAACCCUCGGGGAGUCUAGCAGCUUCAGCAGCAUCCCAGCAUCCCCCACUGAAUCCAGUUACUUGGAUACGCAAAGUUCAAGCUCGACAUCACUGGCGUCAGACUCGGAGACAAGAGACGGGGAGUGGAUGGGAACAGACUCCCUCAUCCUGCAGUCUCUCACGCAGCUGAAACAGGGGGAAGCCAACAGUCUGAACCUGAAAGUGGUACAGAGUGUCCAGAGCCUGACCCAGUUGCUCUACAGUCUGCAGGCGGCGGUGACCAUGCAGGACAGCUGCUUCGAGGUGCAGAGGCUCCUCCUGCAGGAGAACGAGCGCUCGCCCCGGCCGCCCUGCCCGCGCGCCAGCGUGCUGCAGGAGCAGGAGAAGCAGCGCAACCUGGAGAAGCAGCGGGAGGAGCUGGCGGGCGUCCUGCGCCUCCAGGGCCGGCUGCGGCAGGAGCGUCAGCGCUGGGAGAGGGAGUGCGGCCUGCGGCAGCGGGAGCAGAGCGAGCAGGAGGGCCGUCUGGAGCACCGCGAGCGCGAGUGCCAGCAGGAGGCGCUGCGUCUCCGCCGGGAGCGCCAGGAGCUGGACGGCCAGCGGAGGGAGUACCAGCAGAGCCUGGAGCGGCUCCGCGAGGGCCAGCGGCUGGUGGAGCGCGAGAGGGAGAGCCUGGAGGCCCAGCAGAGGCUGCUGCAGGGCUGGAGGCACGUCCGCCAGAGGAGCCUGCCUGUCAUCAUGAUGGCCGCCAGCCAGCACCAGGACUCCAGUCACAGCCAAUCCGCUGUCUCGGACGAGGAUGGUUCGAUUUUCAUCAACGAGGCGGCGUUCCAUACACCUCGAAACAACCGGCACCUUCGGCAGCGGCAGAAGUCCGAGUCGAUGGCGUAUCCCGACACGCCCAGUGCCCACAACAGCCUCAACUCACUGAUGGCCUGCACUGAGCAUGAGAGAGCAUCCUGUCACCAAAACCACAGCAGGACAGGGGCCGUCACGUUUCCCCCCUCAGAGAAUGUGAGCCAGAGUGGGAGAAGGCGGGAUUGGGACCCGGCAGACAAUGAUGUGAACAUGCACAGCUACAACCCGGAGAAGUGGUCUGUGGGAGCGGCAGUGAGUGGGACUGGGUGUUAUAUGGGGUUCCCCCCGUCUCCUGUGGGAAGCCCCCUCCGCCCCCAGCCAUACAUCUCCAUGGAGACGGAGAACGGGGAGGACGGGGGAGAGGAGAACAUUGUGUACCUCUGAAUCCCGUUUGGGGAGGAGGGAACACUGAACCAUGUACCUGUCCCUCCUUCAGGAUUCCAUGUGGAAACUGUCUAUAGAAUUUUUGUGCAUUUGUGUAUAUACUGUGUAUGUGUGUAAUUAAUUGUAUAUUGGUUGUCCUGUAAUUUUGGGCUGAGUAUGGUUGUCUUAGGUUGUAUAUUUGCUCCUGUCAUUGUGUUAAUGAGCUGGCUGUAUGUGCUGUUGUUUUGGAGGUAAACACAGAGCAGUUCUGCCUUUGUACUCAGCUCAGGUCCUUUACUCUACCGAGACUCUCAGCAAUCCCUGCCCCUCUCUGAUCCCAGAGCCCCAACGGCCCGCUCUCGCUCCACCCCAGUGUCCUGCUCCUCGUGCCCGGUGCCAGAGUCCCUUCUCUGGCCAGCCUCCCCCGCCGGGCGUCUCAUUCAUCCCUCCCUUCCAGCCGUGAGUGUUUGAGGUUCAGAGGCUCCAGUGUGGCUGCGAGCCCUCAGCCUCUCGUGACAGAAUAAGGUCGCUCAAUCCCAGCCCACGCCGUUGGGUUCCCGCGGUGCACACGAUCACUGGGAAAGGAAAAGGACUGCUAUCGCUGGAAUCGCUCCGCUGGCUGAUCGUCUGGCCCCGAAAAAAGCAGCGCGGCACCGUACAUCAGACAAGCUCUGUUUGCGAAAGUGGCAGGACCCAGGAAAGGCAUUAGCAAUGAAUGAUUAGCUCAGCCAGUCUUGCGGUGAAGCAUUUGUCCUUUGUUCUUGCCCGGUCUGCUAAAGUGCCUCAAAAAAAAAAUCAUUUUAUUCUUACAUUUCUGUUUGGUAGAGGAGUCUCUUUCACAGAUCUGGAGGUAGUGUCCUCUUCUUACCCUUUUGCAAGUUAUUUUACAGUAAAUUCCUAUCAACUUAGCUACAGUCUGCUAUUUUAAUCGUAGCUAUUUUACAUGUGGGUGCACCAACCGCAUUUGAAAAUAUGUUCUUACAUAUGCAAACUUAAAUGUAAAGCACCUGUGGUUUGUACCCUUGUUUGCAUAUUGUCGUUUGUCUGCCUGGAGGUGCAGUAUUUCUGUAUCAUCAGGGCACUUUAAUUAAAGUCAUUUAGACUUCAGCUGGAGCUGAAUGAUUCUCUGAAUGUAUUUGCCAUUUUUGUUUUACCACAGUAUUUGCAGAGCCAAAAUGACAAAUACUCAAGAAAUACAAACCUAGCACGGGUAACAUCUGACAGUUCAGCACUCAGAAUGGUAAGAAGGAUACAGCCUUGUUUCAGCGAUUGCUCUUCAUCUUCAAUUUAUUUCUCCGGUGCGUUCAAGUGGAAUGCAAAUCUGUUUCCGUUGAAGCAUAAACAUUAAUCGUCUUCAUUCACUUAAGGUGUUCUUGAAAAUCUACAGUCUACACAGAAAAUGAAUCCCAUUCAAUGUCGUAUUGCGGAAGAACUAUCAGUAGCAGUGAGUGCCUAAAUCAUUGUGUAAAAGAAAAGAGACAGGGAAAGCUGUGCAGUCACAUUGUUCAAUAACCUUAUUCAAUAACCAUGCUUUGUUAUACCAUUUAAAAAAUAAUCAUGUCCCCAAUGACGUGUGUAUUGAUAUUUUAUGGCAAUGUUGUACAUGUGUAGGAUGUAACAAUGUUCAUGUCAGUAACAGAAAUGCGGACAUAAUUAUGUAUACUUAUCUGGAUUUUGCAAGUUAUUGUUAUGCAGUACAGUGAAAACUUUUUGUGAUAAACCUGUUUUUCAAUUGUUUUUAUUUAUUUCUGACACUUCAUUUUUUUUGUCUGUGUAAAUGCUAUGUGUCAAAAUGUUCUUGUUUUGUAUUCUGUCUUGUACAGAGGCCGGUUGACCAGAAUAUAUUCUUGUGAGCACUGUACUGCUGUAUAUGCCCUGGUACAUUUUAAGCUCCCAUAAAGCUAAUCGAGCCUCUCCUUCCA